CCACGCUCCUCUGACGGUUCAAGUCUCCUGUGGUCUUUCCGGGCGGAACUGAAACAUGUCGGAGACGGCUCCCCUGGCUCCUGCGGCUCCCGCUCCUGCUGAGAAAACACCGGUGAAGAAGAAGGCGAAGAAGACGGGCGCAGCCGCCGCCAAGCGCAAGGCGUCCGGGCCGCCCGUGUCCGAGCUCAUCACCAAGGCGGUCGCCGCCUCCAAGGAGCGCAGCGGCGUGUCGCUGGCCGCGCUCAAGAAGGCGCUGGCGGCCGCGGGCUACGACGUGGACAAGAACAACAGCCGCAUCAAGCUGGGCCUCAAGAGCCUGGUGAGCAAGGGCACCCUGGUGCAGACCAAGGGCACCGGCGCCUCGGGCUCCUUCAAGCUCAACAAGAAGGCGGCCUCCGGGGAGGCCAAGCCCAAGGCCAAGAAGGCGGGCGCGGCCAAGCCCAGGAAGCCCGCGGGCGCGGCCAAGAAGCCCAAGAAGGCCGCGGGCUCGGCCACCCCCAAGAAGAGCGCCAAGAAGACCCCGAAGAAGCCCAAGAAGGCUGCGGCGGCGGCGGCGGCGGGAGCCAAGAAAGCGGCCAAGAGCCCCAAGAAGGCCAAGGCCGCCAAGCCCAAGAAGUCGGCCAAGAGCCCGGGCAAGGCCAAAGCCGCCAAGCCCAAGGCCCCCAAGCCGAAAGCUGCCAAGCCCAAGGCUGCGAAGGCCAAGAAGGCGGCGCCUAAGAAGAAGUGAAGCUACCGCGGCAGGUCCUGCUUUGAAAAUCUCAAAAGGCUCUUUUCAGAGCCACCCA